AUGCGACCGACAACCUCGACCCCUGGCGCCCGCAUCUACGGCGUAGAGGUCGAACUACGCCGCUACGAGAUCGCGGUGUUGUUUGGGCGGCCCAUCGUGGCUUAUCGCUGGGCGGCCGGAAGGCGCAAGGGCGGCGCGUCCGCGCAAGGGCGGGCGGCGACCGCGCCACCGGAUCCGGCGGCGGUUAGCGCUCUUAUCGCCCACGCCGGGAUGACGCCGUUUCACUAUUUGGUCGGCCUGGGUGCCAUAGCACCCGAGAGCACGGGAGUAGUAGUAGUAAAGUCUCAAGGAGGCUUUAGUUGCACCCGGGUCGCGGAAGAUUGCGUCAUCAUGUUCCCUUGCCUCUCCCCCGAUCCAGUGGCAGGGGAUCUAUGC